AUGUCGGUUGACGACCGGUCAGCCUACAUUAAACGGAAGCAGUUAUGCUUAAACUGCUUCGCAACGGGACAUCAGCUUCGUGAGUGCAAAAGCACUCACAAUUGUUUUACUUGCCGUGGCCGGCAUCACACGUUGUUGCACCGAAACAACCUCUGUACCAGCAAUUCAAGCCCUUCAAAUCCUGCAAGGCCAAUUUCCGCUAAUCAGGCCAAUUUCGUUCCAAAUGAGCAAGCCGGUGUUCAAAAUUAUUUCGCCACGGGCUCAAGAGCUAUCCUUCUUGGCACUGCCAUAAUCAAUAACUCCCAUCUUGGCACUAACUUUAAGGCACGCGCCCUGAUCGACUCCGGAUCAGAAGCGGCAUUCAUAACCGAGCGACUCUUCAAUCUAAUUAGAUUGUCAUUCCAGGUGGUUCAAGCCCAAGUCUUGGGCUUAAACCAAACAGUAGCUGCUCAGUCCAAGAAGCUCUGCAGUUUCACCAUCCGAUCUCCGACUAGGCCCGCGUUGCAGUUGGAGACGACGGCCUAUGUCCUCCUUCAACUAGCAGGAAAUCUGCCUUCCUACCCAAUUCCGCAAAAUUUCCUUCGGGAUCUUCCCGAUUUUCCACUGGCGGAUCCAAAAUUCUAU